CAACAAAAGAGCCAGUGAAAUUCAAUGAGUUCACUGAAGGGAUUUAAAACAACUUCCAAGUGCUGGAGUUGGGUUUUGAAAUGCUGCACACGGUGUUCCCAGCUGUCAGCGCGAGGAGUCCUUCAGGCAAAAAGCGAAACCUGGUUCAGCCACCACCACCACGUACAAGAAGUCUGUUGUCGUGCUCAAGGACUGUGGAGGUCCAAAGGUGCUACAUCCCGAAGACAGACCUAUUUUUGGACAGCUUGUACAGCAAAGGAUUGGCAGCAAGACUCAAAAGCAAUUGAACUAAAGAGGUUUGUUCCCAGCAUGCCGCUUGCCCUGAAGCACCGCGAGGCCAUUGUGCCAGGACGGGGCUGGAUCCUGGCUUUUGCGCUUUUUCUGGCUCUACAGGGUGCCGCUUCGGCUGCUCCCUCCGGAGACAACAAGCUGGUGCGGACGACCCGGGUGAGGAGACAAGUCCCUGAUGGAGAAACCCCUUCAGCUUCGGCACCCAACCAGACGACGCAGGACCAACCUCUGGUCUUCAACCACGUCUACAACAUCAACGUACCCGUGGAAUCUCUGUGCUCGGUCGACCUUGACACCGCUGCACCACCCGCCCCAGAGAAUGGGCCCCGUGCUGAGCUUGGGUCCCGAGCUUCUGUAGAACAACCACUGGACCAAGCUGGACCGACAGAGUACACCGAACAGACGCUGGAUGCAGAGAGCCAGGUUACAUUCACUCACCGUAUCAACAUCCCCAAAGCGGCGUGUGGUUGUCCGGCGACUGUCACAAUCCAGCAGCUGGCCACCAGAGUGGAGAUGCUGGAGAGAGAGCUUUCCAUGCUGCGGACUCAAUGUGGAUCAGGUUGCUGUAAGGAGAACCCAGCCAUGGGCCGUUUCGACUAUUUCCCAGGAUGCAACGGCCACGGCAGCUUCAGCCCGGAGCUAUGUGGCUGCAUUUGUGACGAAGGCUGGACCGGCAAAAACUGCUCAGAGCCCCGUUGCCCUGACGACUGCUCCGGGCAGGGCGUGUGUAUCGAAGGGGAGUGCAUUUGCGAUCGUGACUUCGCCGGUGAAAACUGCUCCGAACCUCGGUGCCCGGCCGACUGCUCCGGCCGCGGCCUGUGCAUCGACGGGGAGUGUAUGUGCGAGGAUUCCUUCACCGGGGAGGACUGCAUGGUCGGGAGGUGUGUGAACGACUGCUCGGACCAAGGGCUCUGCGUCAACGGGACGUGCCAGUGCCGACCCGGGUACGUGGGGGAAGACUGCUCGCUGGUGUACUGCGCCAACAACUGCAGCCGGAAGGGGAUCUGCAAGGACGGAUUCUGUGUGUGCCAGGAUGGGUAUGCUGGAGAUGACUGCAAUUCGGUUGCACCUGUCAUGAAUCUGAAGGUCCGAGGUGCAACAGAUCAAGAGAUUGAACUGGAGUGGGAAGGUUCUGUGGUUCUGACGGAUUAUCUCAUGACCUACACACCAAACAGCCCGGGAGGUGUCCAACUUGAAAUCCGGCUCCCGGGGAAUACCACUUCCUGCACCAUCUCGGAACUGGGUGCAGGGAUGGAGUACAACGUCAACGUGUUUGCCGUCAUUAAUAACAGCAUCAGUGUUCCUGCCAGCAUUACUGUCGCAACCUACCUCUCCAAUCCAGAUGGUUUAGUCUUCAAAUCCAUCACGGAGACAUCAGUCGAGGUCCAGUGGCAACCUUCCUACUAUUCCUUCGAUGGCUGGGAGAUCAGCUUCAUCCCCAAGGACAAUGAUGGCGGGAUGACUGCCCAGCUGCCCAGCACCAUCACAUCCUUUGUACAAACGGGUCUGAGACCGGGCGAGGAGUACGCGGUGAACCUGGUGGCCCUCAGGGACCAGGGUCGCAGUCAGCCCUUUACAGCUACCGUCACCACAUUGAUCGACGGCCCCGCUGAGCUGGUUGUGCGCGAUGUGUCUGAUACGGUGGCCUUCCUGGAGUGGACCCCGCCCAAAGCCAAGAUUGAUCAGAUCGUUUUGCGUUACGGCCUCGCGGGGGGCGAAGGCCCGCGCACUACGUUCCGCCUUCAGCCUACACUCAGCCAGUACACCCUGCAGGUCCUUCGUCCAGGUUCCCGCUACGAGGUGUCUCUGAGCGGAGUGAGGAAUGGAAACGCGAGCGGCUCCAUUUCCAUUGAAUUUACAACCGAGAUCGACGCCCCAAAGAACUUGCGUCUCCUCUCCAAGACCUCCACCACUCUGGAGCUGGAAUGGGACAACAGCGAGGCGCAGGUGGACGCCUACCAGUUGGUGUACAGCACGCUGGCAGGUGAUCAAUACGAAAAAGUCAUCGUGCCAAGAAAUGAGGGAGACACCACAAAGACCACCCUCACCGACCUUCUGCCUGGCACAGAGUACGGUAUUGGCAUUUCUGGAAUGAGAGGCAGUAACCAGAGUACAUCGGCCACUAUGAACGCCAGAACGGGCCUGGACGUGCCCAUGGAUCUCACCGUCACAGCAUCUACGGACAACACCAUCACCCUGGUGUGGGGCACGGUCCAGGGUCCCAUUGACUUCUACAAAGUCACCUAUACGUCCUCUUCAGGGCUCACUACCGAGCUGAGUGUCCCCAGAGAUGAAACCACUACCACUCUGACAGACCUGGAGCCGGGGACAGAAUACACGAUCACUGUGGCAGCCAAGAGAGGCAGACAGCAGAGCAACGUGGCUUCCAUAGAUGCCUUCACAGGUAUGGACCCACCCAGGCAGAUGACGGUGACCGCUGUGGCUGAGGACAUAGUGACCAUUUCCUGGAAAAAACCUCUGGCUCCAUUUGAAUAUUAUAAGCUUUCCUACCAGUCAGCCAGAGGUCGAGUGGACAGCGUUGUGAUUGACAGCGACGUGACCAACUACACUUUGUCCAGUCUGUUUCCAGCUACCGAGUAUGAAAUCAGUCUCAACGCGGUCAUGGGGAGCCAGGAGAGCAAAAUUGUGAGCGCUUCGGUUUUUACAGCCAUGGACAUGCCGUCAGAGUUGACCGCGCUCAACAUCACGCCGCAAGGAGCCCUUCUGAAGUGGAACGCCCCGAUGUCCAACGUCGACAAUUACGUGCUGACUCUCACACACGACCAGGUGACAGCAGAUACUUUCCUCGUGGAGGGCAACAAGCAGGAGCACCAGCUGUCCAACCUGAAGCCCACCACCUCCUACUCGGUGGCCCUCUAUGCCACCAAAGGACCCCUCACCAGCGGCACUGUCAUCGCCAACCUCCAAACACCCAUGGACGCUCCUCUGAACCUCACAGCCAGCGAAGUGAAUCACCGCAGCGCUCUCAUCUCUUGGCAACCGCCCAUCUCUGAAAUCGACAACUACAUGCUCACCUACAAGUCAGCCGACGGCAACCGUAAAGAGUUGAUUCUUGACGCGGAGGACACGUGGAUUCGCCUGGAGGGUCUGCCCGAGACCACAGAGUUCACCGUCAAGCUCCAAGCGGCGAGGGGUCUGGACACCAGCGCCGUCGUCUCCACGACUUUCACUACAGGGAGUCGGAUGUUUGCGACGCCUCAGAAUUGCGCCCAGCACCUCCUGAACGGCGAGACGCUGAGCGGCGUCUACACCAUUUACAUCAACCGGGACCCCAGCCAGGGCGUGCAGGUCUACUGUGACAUGAGCACGGACGAAGGAGGCUGGAUUGUUUUCCAGCGACGUCAGAACGGCCUGACAGAUUUUUCCAGAAAGUGGAGUGACUACCGGGUUGGCUUUGGGAACCUGGAGGAUGAAUUCUGGUUGGGUUUGGACAAUAUUCAGAGGGUCUCCGCUCAGGGCCGCUACGAGCUUAGGAUCGACAUGAAGGACGGGCAGGAGUCGGUCUAUGCCAAUUAUGAUAAAUUCUCCCUCGGAGAUGCGAGGAACCUGUACAAGCUCAGGAUCGGAGAGUACAACGGGACGGCCGGUGACUCUCUGAGCUACCACCAGGGACGACCCUUCUCCACGAAAGACAGGGACAACGACAUCGCUGUCACUAACUGUGCCUUGUCCUACAAAGGAGCCUGGUGGUACAAGAACUGCCACCGCGCCAACCUAAACGGGAAGUACGGCGAGUCCAGGCACAGUCAGGGAAUUAACUGGUACCACUGGAAAGGACACGAGUUCUCAAUUCCCUUCGUGGAGAUGAAGAUGAGGCCGUUCAACUUCCGGAGCAUCAGCAGCAAGAGGAGGCGGUCGGCGCCCGUAUAGACGCCCGUUUGAGCCGCCGCCCAGCUGAGGGGCAGAGACGGAUGGCGUUCGGGUGACUGGUUUGCCGUUCGCGAUAGAAAAUCAGGAACGUGUAAAAGUGAGAUUAAUCUGGCAUUUCUUUUUCAAAAAUUCACUGGAAAAAAAUCAUCCAUGCAUUAUCUGAGCCGCUUAUCCUCACGAGGGUCACAGGAGCGCUGGAGCCUAUCCCAGCUGUCAACGGGCAGGAGGGGGCGUACACCCUGAACUGGUCGCCAGCCGAUCGCAGGGCACGUGGAGACAGAUAAGUCGCACUCGCAAUCACACCUAUGAGAAAUUUAGAGUGCUUAAUUAAUGUUUUUGGGAUGUGGGAGGAAACGGGAGUGCCCGGAGGAAACCCACGCAGGCACGGGGAAAACAUGCAAACUCCACACAGGCCAGGCCGGGAUUUGAACCCCAAUCCUUUAAAGUUUGAGGCUGACGCGCUUCAGCUGCUCCACUGUGCCGCCCAAGUAAUAUUUCCCGAUUUGAUUUAAGGCUCAGAAUAUAAAAUACUAAUCUGAAUCUACAAUGUGAAAAUCUACUUUAUCUUUUUCGUUUGUUAGCAAUACCCAAAUAAUCAUCCACUAGUUCACGUUUGCUUUUAUUUUUCAUUGCCAAUUCAAUGUGGAAAGAGCAAAUUCUAUCCAGUUUUAUUAAGCUUUUUUUUUUUUUGGGGUGGGGGGGGGUGAAAUGAAAGGCAACAAGUGUUUCUGCAUUCGGCGGGCAUCUUAAGAAAACGUCACCCGACAUCUGUCGGUCUCUGCCUCCCAUCCGCGUAGACUCGUCUGUCCCUGCUGUCCUUCCUCCCGGGAGAUGAAGACACUGUAUGUAAUUUAUUCAACUCCUUGAAUGACUGACUCUUCUGCUGUAAAAAAUACAAAACCGCAACCCCAAAAAAAAGAAAAAAAACAAUAACAAGGAUGCCCUAUUUUACCGUCAACAAUAACACUUUUAACAACAACUAUAAAGGCCGUUACUGUAAGAUAUAUAAAUAUAUUUUUGUAACUGAUAUUGUCAGAAAAAGGUCCAUCAUAUUUGAUUUGAUGCCUUUUCCAUUAUGAGAUUCACGCAAAGCCGACAACACGAACCUCUUUUACGCGGGUCGUUUCCCCAGUUGCACUUGUGUACAACGCAAGUAUUAUUCCAUCUUUUGAGGCGUUAUCGGAGUCCUGUAAUUAUUGCGGUGCCUUGAGGUAUGACUUUAAUUCGUUCCGCGACCACGCUCGUAACUCAAAACACUGGUGCAUGAAAUGGUCUUUCCCCGUUGAAAUUAACGGAAAUGCCGUCGAGGCCCCCACCCACCCAAUGAAGACCUACAUUUUUGUAGUGUUUUCUAAUCAAGAAAGUACUACUCUAUAAUAUUGUACUUUAUUUAAACGUAUAGUAAUAACAUAAUUAAAUGGAAUGUUAGGAAUUAAGCAGUUUGUUGUGAUUGUGCCGCUCCUGGUGUGUGUGCCUUGGCAAACUGGGGCCCGUGCUGUAUUCAAGACAGUCACAAAUCCUCAGUGAGCUGCAGUAAUAUUUGUUUUUUUUGCAAUAAAUAAUUUAUGACUGUAAGUACAAUAGGUCCACGCAUCGCUCCAUUUUUUUUUUUUUUUUUUGCCAUCCGUUUAUGGCAUUUUCCAUUGUUCAAUAGAUUUAAGAUAAGAUGACUUUCCUUAAGCAAACCUAUGUGGUUGUUUUCAAAACGCAGUAGUUCUUUUUAUUUUGUUUAAUUUGACAAUAAACGGCGUGAAUCCUCUUUUCUUCCCCACAUUUGCUUCUUGCGAGUUAAGUUUACUGCUAUCAUACAGCGCUCAGAUCUCAAUUUUUUUUUUGUUCCUUGC